AUGAGUUCACCCCUCCGUCCUAGCACAACCGCUGCGAACCGCGGCCUAGGAAACCUAGGUCGGCGUAAGAGAUCCAGAGAGCCCGAUGAUGAUGCUUCAUCCGUGGUUCCUCCCUCGAGCCCUCCCCCUUCCUCCCCUCCUAUGCUGCCUUUCGACGACGAAGAUGAGCGAGAUGAGGAAGCAGAACUAGACAUUGACGAUAUCGAGGAGAUGGCAGAAGAUGAGGAUGGAAUUGAUCUUUUUGGCGACACAUUUGACAGAGAUUACCGGAGCCAGAAGGAUGACCGGUACAGCGGAAGAUACAUUGAUGAUGACGAGGAUCAGGAAGAGCUUGAUAUUGGUGCGCGUCGUGAACUAGAUGCUCGCUUGGAUAGGCGAGACCGUGAACUGGCGCGGCGCCGUCGGAUGCCUGCGGCUUUUAUCCAAGAUGACGAAGAUGGCGACAUCGACCUGACUACACAGCCACGCCGCCGAAGGCACCACUACGAUGAAGACCGCGAUGAUAUUGAGAUGGUCGACGAUGGACUCGAAGAACUGAGCUUGGAAGAAUUGGUCGAUAUCAAGUCUUCUAACAUUACAGAUUGGGUGACACAGCCCCAAGUGCUUCGCUCUAUCUAUCGAGAGUUCAAAGCCUUCCUGACAGAGUUUACCGACCGCACCGGUAGCUCGGUUUACGGAAACAAAAUCAAGACGCUCGGUGAGGUCAACUCCGCCUCUCUUGAGGUCUCAUACAGCCAUCUGAGCAGCACCAAAGCCGUCCUCGGCUACUUCCUUGCCAACGAACCCACUGAGGUUCUCAAGGUCUUCGACCAGGUCGCCCUAGAUGUCACCUUGUUCCACUACCCGCAAUACCACGAUAUUCACAACGAGAUCCACGUCCGAAUUACUGAUCUGCCAAUCGUUUACACUCUCCGCCAACUUCGCCAGUCGCAUUUGAACUGCCUUGUCCGUGUUAAUGGAGUCGUCACCCGCCGGACGGGUGUCUUCCCACAGCUCAAGUAUGUCAUGUUCAUCUGCGGAAAGUGCAACAUCACGCUGGGUCCCUUCCAGCAAGAGAGCGCUUCUGAAGUCAAGAUCUCGUACUGCCAGAACUGUCAGUCCAGGGGGCCUUUUACCGUCAACUCGGAGAAGACAGUCUACCGGAACUACCAGAAGUUGACGUUACAAGAAUCUCCCGGAUCCGUGCCUGCUGGUCGUCUCCCCAGACAGCGAGAGGUCAUCUUGCUUGCGGAUCUUAUCGACACAGCCAAGCCGGGUGACGAGAUUGAGGUAACGGGUAUCUACCGCAACAGCUAUGAUGCGCAGCUCAACAACAAGAACGGAUUCCCCGUCUUCGCCACCAUCAUCGAAGCUAACCACGUCGUCAAGUCGCACGACCAGCAGGCUGGUUUCCACUUGACGGAAGAAGAUGAGCGUGAGAUCCGCAACCUGUCUCGCGAUCCUGAUAUUGUCGAGAAGAUCAUUUGCUCAAUCGCCCCCAGUAUCUAUGGCCACCAAGACGUCAAGACGGCUGUUGCUCUCUCUUUGUUUGGCGGAGUCCGAAAGGAAGCGCAGGGAAAGAUGUCCAUCCGUGGAGAUAUCAACGUCCUCCUUCUCGGUGACCCUGGUACCGCCAAGUCUCAAAUCCUUAAGUACGUCGAGAAGUCCGCGCACCGUGCAGUCUUUGCCACCGGUCAAGGAGCCAGUGCCGUCGGCCUGACAGCCAGCGUCCGCCGCGACCCUCUAACUAGCGAAUGGACGCUGGAAGGAGGUGCCCUUGUGUUAGCGGACCGCGGUACCUGCCUCAUUGACGAAUUCGACAAGAUGAACGACCAAGACCGCACAUCUAUCCACGAAGCCAUGGAACAACAGACCAUCUCCAUCUCCAAGGCCGGUAUCGUGACAACCCUGCAAGCCCGUUGUGCCGUCGUCGCCGCCGCCAACCCUAUCGGCGGCCGCUACAACAGCAGCGCCCCCUUCUCUCAAAACGUCCAACUCACCGAACCCAUUCUCUCCCGUUUCGAUAUCCUCUGCGUCGUCCGCGAUCUCGUUGACCCCAGCGAAGAUGAGCGCCUCGCCAGCUUCGUCAUUGAAUCCCAUCACCGCGCAAACCCCACGAAACCCAUGCGCGAUGAACACGGCAACCUCAUCAACGCCGACGGCGAGCGCAUCGACGAAGAGGGCUACCGCGUCAACGACGACGGCGCCCGUCUCCCACUCCGCCCCGAGGAAGCCGAAGCCCGCGACGCAGCAAAGGACAAGGAGGACGAAGAGAAAGAGGGCGAAAUCCCGCAGGAGCUUCUCCGAAAGUAUAUCCUCUACGCCCGCGAGCACUGCCACCCGAAACUCUACCAGAUCGACCAGGACAAGGUCGCCCGCCUCUUCGCUGACAUGCGUCGCGAGUCCCUGGCCACGGGCGCCUACCCGAUUACCGUCCGUCACCUCGAAGCCAUCAUGCGUAUCGCGGAAGCGUUCUGCAAGAUGCGUCUGUCGGAGUACUGCUCCGCCCAGGAUAUCGAUCGCGCCAUUGCUGUCACUGUCGACUCGUUCAUCGGAAGCCAGAAGAUCAGCUGCAAGAAGGCUCUUUCAAGAGCUUUUGCCAAAUACACCCUCUCCAGACCCAAGCCGCAAUCCAAGCGCCGAGCAGGUAUCCCAGCACCCAACCCCUAUGGCCGCGUUGGUCAAGCUGCGAGAUAA